AUGGGCAAGAUCACAACCCAGCUUGUUGUGACAGGAUCAGAGAGGAGAGGCCGGCCGAAGGCUAUCCAGCCUGGCAAUCGCGAGUGGGUCACGGUGAUCCAGGGAAUCAAUGCUGCUGGCUGGGCUAUCCCACCGUUCAUCAUCUUUGCUGGCCAGUACCACCUUUCUGCCUGGUAUAAGGAAGACAUCCCACGCGAUUGGGCUGUUGCAGUCAGUGAGAACGGCUGGACAACCAACGAGCUUGGAGUUAAGUGGCUGAAGCACUUUAUUAAGCAUACAGAUGGCAAGGUAGUUGGGGCGCGCCGGCUGCUGAUCCUGGAUGGCCAUGAGAGUCACCACUCUCUUGAAUUUCAGGAGCUCUGCAAGAAGAACAAUAUCUGCACGCUCUGCAUGCCGCCUCACUCAUCCCACCUGCUGCAGCCGCUUGACGUUGGCUGCUUCUCGCUGUUGAAGCGCGCGUACAGCCGCGAGAUUGAGGCGCUGAUCCGCCACCACAUCAACCACAUCACGAAGCUUGAAUUCUUGCCAGCAUUUAAGGCAGCGUUCAAUCAAUCGUUUACCUCAGCCAAUAUCUGCUCAGCUUUUCGAGGUGCAGGCCUUGUACCUCUCCAACCAGACGUUGUACUGUCAAAGCUUGACGUGCAGCUGCGUACACCUACUCCAGCUGCUCUGCCAGAGGCUCCCUGGCAGGCUCGUACGCCGAGCAACGUACGUGAGCUUGAGGCUCAAUCAACGUUGAUUCGUGAGCGCCUCAAGAAGGGCGCUGAGGUGAUGAUGCUCUCAGCUGAGCUGAUGCGCGAUCGGAUCACUGGCCUUGAGAGAGCAAAUGAGGCAGCGUCUGCACGUAAACAGCGCAAGAAAAAGCGUAUACAGCAGCGUGGGGUCUUAACAAAGGGAGCUGGCGAGGAUAUCCUUACUCAACGUGAGGCUAAUCAGCAGAUUGCCUGUGAAGAGCGUCAAGGAGGAGAGCAAUCAGGUGUUAGCCGCCAGGCUCUUGCGCGCUGUAAGAGGUGCAGAGAGACUGGGCAUAACUCUCGUACAUGCAAGAAAGAUACUUUAGAUACUGUUUAA